CUGGGUGAAGGAGGAGGAGGAGUUGUGGUGUCGGUCUGCAACUCAGAUCAGAUUUUCACACAAAAGCCUGAAGCUGCCGAGAGAGACGACCGACCAACUGUCCGUCCGUCCGUCUGUGAGAGCGUUUGGACAAACUGAUGCUGGAGUGAAAGAAUAAAACUCCUCUGAGGGAGGAAACGUGAAGCAGCAGCCGGAGGAGGAAUGAGGGGAAAGUUGAAGGAAGAGUGAAGCAGCGUCUGUGUGGGAGCUGAGUCGGCACAUUCUGGAUUCUUCAGGAGGAAGAAACGUUUGAUUUAAUCAGAAAACACAUCAAGUUAUUCUUCACAGUUUGUUUGUGUCUGAUCUGAUCUCAGAGCAGUUUGAUCGACAGGAAGCUGCAGCUGAUCUGAGCAAAGAGUUUAUUGUUAAAUCUCUUCAGUUGGAUUCUUCUGACUGAUCUGAUGGAGUGAGGGAUCCUCUGAGGGGACGAGGAGAUGGAGACGAGAGGAUUUCUAAGUUUUCUGAAAGUGUGAGAGGAAGAGGAGAAGAGGGGAGGAUGGGAGAAAGAGGGGGAGGAUGAAGGAGGGGAGACACUGACCUCCACAUGACCUCCAUCAGAGAGCAAACAGACGGAGUUCUGCUGAAACAGACUUUAUUUGAUGUGAUGAACUCUCUGAGGACUCGACUGUACAAACAGGAAGUGACUGAUUCAGACAGAGACCUUCAGAUUAAAUGUCUCAUUUCACAAAGUGUCAGUGAAACAUGAACUAAACACACAGACUGACCUCUGACCUGCGGACAGGACCCUCGUACCUGUGCGGGCGUCGGCAUGCAGCUGAACCGGCCUCGCAGCGCCCUGCUCGGGUUCAGCCUUCCUCCUCCUCCCCCGCCUCCUCCUCCGCCUCCUCCUCCCUCCUUCUCCAGUCAGUUCAGCACCAUGAGGUUCUCCUACCACCUGAACACCUCAACAGCACCUCCCCACAACAGCGCCACCCACAGGACAGGUCCCUCCUCCUCCUCCAGUCCCAGUUUGCUGACUAAGAGUCUCUCUCUGGAGCCAUCCUGUUCUCCGUGCGGCCACCAGGGGGCACUGGACGCUGACGCUCCCCAGCAGCUGAGCUCCGACCCAGGGCCCAGCUCCUCGUCAUCAGGCCCCGCCUCUUUGGAGGGAGGGGCGGAGCUAACAGAGCGCCGUGGCUCUGCUAACGGGCUGCUGCUGGUCAAUGACACGGGGCCGCCGGAGCUGCCGGCUGCCACGGUAACACCACCGAGCAAGAGCAGAGCGCCGCUGCCUGGACCCAAACCUCAGGUCCCCCCAAAGCCCCCCCACCUCCAGCAGCAAGCAGGGGUGUCAAGGCCACGCCCCCGGGCUCCAGACAAGCCCCUCCCCCCUCCCCCGCCAUGCAGACCCCUCCCUGCAGACCCACGGGGGGGCCGGACUCCGCCUAGCCGUGGCGACGGCACCGCAUCCCCCACCUGCGUCCUGUCACUCAUCGAGAAAUUUGAGCGCGAGCAGAUCAUCGUGGUUCCUGACAUCACCGGGGGGGCCCUGUGUCCACGCCUCCCUGAGCCCCCCUCCUCCCAGCCUUCAUCACCACCAUCAUCAUCAUCGCCCGCCCCUCCCCCACCUGAGGAGGAACUGCUCUCUGAGCUGAAAGAUCAUGAUGGCGUCACACUGGAGGGAGACAGCGACCGGCACAAUGACCAUGAUGAUGACAACGAUGAUGAUGAUGAUGAUGAUGACGACGAUGAUGAUGAUGAUGACGACGAUGACGAAGAGCUGGCAGUAGCGUGUGGUGAGGACUUCCAUCAGAAGCGUCUCUCCAUGGAGUCAGGUUACAGUCCCUCAGAGAAACACCUGGAGGAUGAUGUGGUUGCUGUGGAGAUGAGGGAGCAACAACAGCAGCAGCCGGUGCAGCUCGACCAAUCAGAGCUCCCCUCUGAGCGUCUGUCCCUCCCCUCCUCGCAGACGGAGGGGAAGCUGGCCAAUCGGGACAGCGGCAUAGACAGCAUCAGUUCUCCGUCGCACAGCGAGGAGCUGUGCUUCGCUGGUGUGGAUGAUGGGGGUGUGGCUUACCCGUGCAGUCCCGCCCUCCUGCCUCGCCUCUCCAGCUCAUCCUCGUAUGCCGGAGAGGGAGGGGAGGGGGAGGAGGGAGAGGCACAGGGUGGAGCCAGGAGGAGGAGGGAGUUCUCUGAGGAGGGAGACAGUGACUUAGAGGAGGAGGAGGCGGAGCUAACGCUGGUGCUGCCCCGACCCAAGACAGACAGACAGGACUCUGCUGAGCUGUCUGUCCAGCAGAGGGUCUUCAACAUCGCUAACGAGCUGCUGCACACAGAGAUCGCCUAUGUCUCUAAGCUCCACCUACUGGACCAGGUUUUCUGUGCCCGGCUCCUGGAGGAGGCUCGGUCUCGCUCCUCCUUCCCCUGUGACGUGGUUCAGGGAAUCUUCUCCAACAUCUGCUCCAUCUACUGUUUCCAUCAGCAGUUUCUGCUGCCGGCGCUGCAGAAACGAAUGGAGGAGUGGGACUUGAACCCACGGAUUGGGGACAUCCUUCAGAAGCUGGCUCCCUUCCUGAAGAUGUACGGCGAGUAUGUGAAGAACUUUGACCGGGCCAUGGAGCUGGUGAACACCUGGAUGGAGAGAUCGGCUCAGUUCAAGGCCAUCAUCCAGGAGAUCCAGAGGGAGGAGCGCUGUGGGAACCUGACUCUGCAGCACCACAUGCUGGAGCCGGUUCAGAGGAUCCCUCGCUACGAGCUACUGCUCAAAGAUUAUCUUCACCGACUGCCGGAGGACGCCCCAGACCACAGGGACGCCCAGAAGUCUCUGGAGCUGAUCGCCACGGCAGCAGAACACUCCAACGCUGCCAUCAGGAAGAUGGAGCGGAUGAGGAAGCUGCUGAAGGUGUACGAGUUGUUGGGAGGAGAGGAAGACAUCGUCAACCCGACGAACGAGCUGAUUAAAGAGGGACACAUCCUCAAACUGUCCAACAAGAACGGGACCACACAGGACCGAUACCUCAUACUGUUUAACGACAGGUUGCUGUACUGUGUCCCGAAGCUGCGUCUGAUUGGUCAGAAGUAUGGCGUCCGCGCUCGCAUUGAUGUGGACGGGAUGGAGCUGAAGGAGACCAGCAGCGCUGCUGUUCCCAGGACAUUCCUGGUGUCUGGAAAACAGAGAUCGCUGGAGCUGCAGGCCAGGACGGAGGAGGAGAAGAAAGACUGGAUACAGGCCAUCCAGGCGACGAUCCAGAGACAUGAGCAGACGGUGGACAGCUUCAGACAUCUCAACUGUUCACUACGAGACGACGAGUCCACACCGCCUCACUCCCCGAGCUGUGUGGAGCUGGGAAAACGAGCUCCGACUCCAAUCAGAGAGAAGGAAGUCACUCUGUGUAUGAAGUGUCAGGAGCCGUUCAACUCCAUCACCAAGAGACGACACCACUGUAAAGCCUGCGGACACGUGGUUUGUGGGAAAUGUUCGGAGUUUCGUGCUCGCCUUUCGUACGACAACAACCGCACCAACCGAGUUUGUGUCGACUGCUACGCCAUGCUGGUGGGGGUGUGCCCCUCGCCCGCCACGCUGAGCAGCAGCACCCAGAGGAGGCGCUCCAUCCUGGAGAAACAGGCCUCCCUGGCAGCAGAGAACAGUGUGAUUUGUAGUUUUCUUCACCACAUGGAGAAAGGAAGUGGGCGGGGCUGGCAGAAGGCCUGGUUCGUCAUCCCUGAGAACGAGCCACUGGUGCUCUACAUCUACGGAGCUCCGCAGGACGUGAAGGCGCAGCGCAGUGUGCCUCUGAUUGGCUUUGAAGUCUCCCUUCCUGAGCCAUGUGACCGCCUGGAGCGCCGCCACGCCUUCAAGAUCUCCCAGAGUCACCUGACCCUGUACUUCAGCGCCGAGGGGGAGGAGCUGCAGCGGCGAUGGAUGGAUGUCCUGCUGAGAGCCGGGAGGGGGGAGGAGCCUCAGAUGCACCGGCCAAUUGUGGAGAGUCUGGAGGAGGAGGGGGAGGAGCUAUUGGCUGCAGAGGAGGGGGAGAACACGUGAUUCUGUGGGACGACGAAGGAUGGGGAUGAUAAAGAUCAAUCCUUAUUGGAAACCAUUAAAACCAGUACAUAUACAGCCGAUAUCUAGCACACACACACACACACACACACACACACACUGCAUGAUUCAUCUUUUUUUUUUCCCUACCUGCGCU